UUUGGUAAGGGAACUGGGUGUAAUCGCAAUUCUGAGUUUUUACUAGUAAGAAUACAGUUGUAGAGCUCUGUAAUUCAAAUUAUUACUAGUAACAAUUGAAUUAGAGCUCUAAAAUACAAUUAAGCGUUCAGCAUAACAGAGCGGAGCGUUCUGCAUAACGCGGCCGGCCAACCGGGAAAAGUCCCGGUUCUCCCAAUGGCCGGUCUGCGCCUGUCGUUAUGUAAUGUCGUCAUCAUUUCGAGAGUUCCCCUUUGGGAUCGAGACGGGUGCUCAUUUGAUUGUUUGUUUAGCGGAGCCGAGGGUUCAGUUACACAAGGAACCAAUUACAUACACACCAUGUUUCCACACGAGCAAGUAAUGUCGAACUUCCGAGGGCAAAGCAUGGGACACAUUCAUUUGUCACUCAAACGCUGAUCUCUGGCGAUUAAACAUGUGGAUCGUUAAACGUCUCCUGUCAUCUAUAGUUCUCAAAGGUUAUAAACUGUUCACCUAUCAAGCUUUUAAAAACUAGACGCUGCAAUUCCAAGGACAUUACAGUCUGUUUUGUCGUCCUCCGAGAUCCUUUCCUGAAUAUGAGCUGAGAUUCCUGCACUGCACCUGUUGUAGCAGGAACAGAAUCAUGAUUGCUGGGUUUGACACCCUGAAUGCAUCCGUUUCCUCUGAAGAAUGCCAAGAGGACAGCAAACCCCUGGACUCAUGUUAUACAGCAGAGCAGCGUGCUGUCAUCCUCCAGCGACUCAAUACAGCCACCGAGUCUGAACUGGCCCAGGUCAAACUGCUGAGAGGGCGGAAAGCUGUCAACAUCAUCGACUACAGAACAAGACAUGGACCAUUCAACGAUCUGGAGAGUGUCAUUAAUGUGCCCUUACUCAAACACAAGAGUGCUGUCAUGGUAUUUAACUCCAUCCUUAACCCAGUUGAGAAAAAGGAGAAGAGAAAGGGAAAAGUCCAUCUGGCUAAAUUUAUAAGACCUGAAAUUGACCAAGCUUUGUUGGAGGAUGCAAGCUCCAUUGUGUCCAUUGUGUGUGGAACUAAUAAAAUUGCAUGGACACAUAUGGAUCGGUCAAGGACUGUGUUAGACUGGCAGCAAGUGGCGUGCAAGAGUUUUAUGAAAGGAGCAUACAUGGCAUCUGAUUAUUUGAAUGAUAUCUCGACUGCAAUAUCAAGAUUUCCUACUGCUGACUUCUUUGUAGUGGAGAAGCCAAGUAUCUCUCCUCAGAACACUUCUCUUUAUCCAGUAAUGGCCCACCUCAGGACUGUAGAGGCCAUGCUAUUUGCUUUGCUCACCCCAGUGAGGGAACCAGGGAGACCCCCAAAAGUCCUUAACAUGAUGCGCACAGCUGUGGGUCGCCACUUCGGCUUGAUGGUGGGGGAAAGUCGGACAAGUGGAGCUGAGACAGUGAAGAAGAUGAUGACAGAGUCGGUAAUGAAGCAAGAGCCACGGGUUCUUUUCCCUCAUGACUUGGUGCUAAUGCACAGGAAUUCCUUCCAGAUGAGCAGUAAGAACAGAGGAGAAGAGCUGUGUGAUGCUCUUCUGCAGGCUGUUGCAUUUUUUGAACUCCUGAGGGAGUGACUCACUAAUGGAUGACUAUUAUAUAUUUGUUGGACCUGAUCAGCUAAAUGCAAGCUAUAUUCAUUAUACCUUACAUUAAGACAUCAGAUGAUGAUGUCCUACUGCAUGAGCCAUGGAUUGUGCAAUAUUCAAGAAUAGUUGUUUGAUACAUUGCUACCAUUUUCUCUGAUCCAGCUCCUCUUCAUUUAAAGGUUAAUUAGCAUCAGUGUUACUCUGAUGUGAUAAAGGAUUUUAUUUAAUACUUUAAUUUCCCUAAAUAUUAAACUAGAACCCAGUCAUAUUCUCAGGAGAUAUAUUCUUAGUAAAUUAAAAUAUUGUAUUUAUAACUUGUGUUCUGGUCAGCUAUUCAAGGUUGGUUAUAAGGAAUGUUGUUCAUUUUAACAUCUACAGUGUAGUAAAUUCUACAGCAGUGCAGUGAUUAGGGUUAUUCGUAAGGCUGCUGGUUUGUUCCCCACCAGUAGUGUCUAAAUGACUACUUUAAAACUGAUUUACUGUCAUUUAUCUUCUGCAUGGCUGGGGAAGAAACAAAGUUUAGUGUCUUCUGAGCCCCCAUGUGGAAACAAUUAAUAUAAGACAAGUACAACAUGUGACCUGUAGAUAGAAAAAUAAAAAAAUACAACACUCCAAUAUUAACAAUAAAUGCAGACAAUUUACAGGUUAGACUCAGAGGCUAUAUACAAAUGAAGUAAACCAAUGAAUGUUUGACAGUGUUACACUGGAGUAGAUACAGGGAUAUAAGUACAUAAGUCAUGGAAAUCUCGAUAGUUCUAUAAUUUAAAAAAAAUCUUGGCUGCUCUCUGCUGUACAAUAUUUAACAGGUGAGAAAUUGCUCCUUGUGAGUGCAAAAAUCUGUAUUCAGUACUCACAAAUGACUAGAAAAUGUAUGGAAAUUAAUUUGUCAAAAGGUGUAGUAUGGAUGCAUUAAUGCAUAUUGACAAGUACUGCAGUGAGUUAGACAUUACAUUAUGCUGAUCAGUUCAACUUUUGCAGAAAGAAGUGGUCUAGAUAUGCAUGUCUGUCUGUCUUUAUAUGGCAAAAACAGACAAGACAGCUUCCACUCUUCUGGGAAGGCUUUCCAGUAUAAAUAGAAAUGCUCAGUUGUUUUUCUUGGUGAAGUCUGGAAGGGUUUUUCUGAAUGUUUGAUAUGAUAGUGUAUAAAUAUUUAAGAGUAUGCACUGAAUUAGGGAUGACGCGAUUAUGCGGUUAAUUUAACUGUAAGAAUUUAGAAUCCACGGUUAAAAACCGUGAAAUGCUUUAUUUACACGUGGCAAAAAUAUUAUAUAUAAUGUAUAAAUAUAUAUAAAAGUUUUUUCGAUUUUGUAAGCCUAAAUGGGAAAAGUCUCUGUGGGUACUGGAGCUGUUGCUAUGGUUACGGACGGUGGCCGCGUGGUGCUUUAAUGGCUAGGUGUCGCGAACUGAGCGUGAAUUUUCAAUUCACGGGAAACUGAAGAGCUUGGAUGACAUCCAGUGGCCAUGUUGGGUACUGCGCCUAAACAAACUGUUACAGCAAACUAAUUUUUUGGCAUAUUAAGCUAAAAUUUUAUGCACAACUUUGUAAGACUUAUGGCUUUUACUUCUUAGCAUUUUUAGGGUCACCAGAGACAGUUUUUUUUUUUUUUUUUUUUAUAAAGAAAAAGGUUUGGAGCAGUACAUUUUCAUUAAAAUAAACUUAACCUCUAGAACUUUAUUUAUUUCACUUAUAUCAAUUAUUUCACUUCAGCAAUAAUAAUAAUAAACCACUAAGUGUCUUCUUCCAAAGCAUUCAUGAAUUACAACCAUUUAAAUCUGUGUAUAUCAUUUUCUGGUAAAUGUUCAAAAAGGCCAUUUAAGGGAUUAAACACACAAAUUCCAAAAUAUAACAUAGGAAUUCGAUCUACCAGAUUCAUAUCCAUCAAAAAAAGUGAUUUAAAUAGUCUGUUUAGCAGCAUUUAAAUGACUGACUGAAGACGACGAACGUAAAACAAGCAGACAGAAGUCAUAGAAAGACACAUUCUACAAACGUGGACAUGAUGCUCCACUAGUCGUCCAACAACAAACUAGCUUUGGUGAUUUUAAAGUGAUGAAUUAAAGAUGCCACUUUUUGUAAUGUUUAAGCAUACUGACAGCGCACGGUGCAUUUUACUUUGAAAAGUUGCGUCCUAAAUCGUCUUCAUUAUUUAAAGCAUUGGUUCUGUACAAAUUCACCGUAUUCAACAAUAAAUGUCAAUUUUAGUCAUGAUCGGACUUUACAUUGCUGCUGUAAGCAAUGUUCCCGUUAUUAUGAAUAGUCCAAAUGUUAAUAUGUAAGGUGUUGUGGACAGUAUUUAGAGUGUGUUGCCGUUUCUUUAUGUUG